AUGAAUAAUGGUGAACAUAAUACUUCGACAUUUGACUCGACAUUUAAUGUGAGCUCGGUCAACUGGUCUUCUCACUCAACCUCGGCGUCCCAUUUAAAAAUUCAAAUCAACGAUUAUGACACUUAUCAAGCAUACCCCACCAAGUUGGAUCAGUUGUACACCCAGGUUUCUCAGGUUCCAAUCGUACGAGUUUACGGCUCGCUAUCUUUUGAAGAGCAAGCUGCCUCUUCUCGCAAUUUGUCUCCGAUGAAGAAGAAGCAGAAACUUUUGGGCUCCCAUCAGCUAACGCGUCCUAGAGCAUUUGUAUUCAAUGUUGUUAUACAUGUUCAUAAUUUCUACCCUUAUUUUUACGUGGAUUGUCAUGAGCAGGACUAUCAGAAACUACAAAGUCGUGAGUACUUGGACAAACUUAUCAACUAUUUAGAGGUGAUGGUAAGGGAAUCUUUUAAGCGGAGACGUGGGAGAAAGGGCACUGAAGAGCAAGAAUUGGAAAAUGAAAUCACAGUGGAGGACGAAAAGAAGGAGCAAGAAGAAGAUGCAGUUGAAAACGACCUCAACGGUAAUGAGAAGCUGAAUCUUCGUAAAUACAUUGCCAAUGUUUCAAUUUGUAAAGCAGUCCCCAUCUAUGGAUUUCAACUUGGUUAUAAAUUAUUCUACAAAAUUUCCCUUCUUUCGCCGUUAUAUAAAAAUCGAUUAGCAAGAAUGUUUCAAGAAAACAAAAUCAGCUUGCACAAUCUUGAUCAACCAGGUGGGGCAAAAGAAAGUGGGGCCGCAACAUAUGUUUAUGAAGCACACCUUCCGUACUUGUUGCAAUUUUUGACCGACUUUAACCUAUUUGGGUGUGGUUGGUUGGUUAUUGACCGCGAUCAUAUCAACGAUGGACCUCAAACGAAAGGUUUGUAUUUUCGAAUGCCAUUGAUAAGUGAACAUCAACGUGCGGGAUAUAACCAUUCACAAAUGCGUGGAUUAUCAAAUUAUUUGCAACUGUAUAUUUUACCCGAUAAUGUGCUAGUUGAUGGAGGAACUUUGCAAACGUUUAAGAGGAUCGGGAAGUCCAUGUUAGAGUUGGAUAUAACAACCAGUAGUAUUGUCAACCGCACUUGGCUAUCGGCGAGAGAAUUGCACAAUGAAUUUGUUGAGAGGAAACAAUUUGAGGAGUAUAAAGCUGACUUGACGCUGUUUGGUUAUCCCAAGCAUGGUUAUAAACAUGAGCCAGAUGGUACUCCAAAAAUCUACCUAUCUUCAUUGAAAUAUAUCUACAACGACCUAAAGUACCAGUGUCAUUUGAGAAACUCGGCAUUUGAUGUUUCAGUGGAUGUUUUGGAGUCUUCUGAACGUUGUUAUUUUGGUACAGGUUCAUCAACUUGGUCCAACCAGCAACAAUUGGAGGAGCUUUUGGAUUAUAUGAAACAAUUAAAUGGUAAGUCGAAUGAAAAUUUUGAUAGUUAUGCUGCAAAGUAUUUAAACAAAAGGCGAUUUCUUCCUCAGUCAGAUGCUGAAACGUUUGCCAAUUUUCCAACUUCAUUCGAUUUGGUUGAUGUUGAAAAAAAAUUGCAGUUUCACCGUCUGCGAAUGCAGUUUGGUAGAGACAUACUCAUAUGGGGAAAGUUUAAAGACUUGUUCAAAUUGGUGGAUGCACCAUCGUUUGAUGGGACUGCAUCAAAGAGGAAUGGUUCAGGCAUGGCAAAUGAAACAGUUGCUUCGAGAAACAUCGAUGUAGUAAAUGGCCACAAAGAAGUGCAAAAUGUUGUGGAUGACUCGGAGAAUGAUGUUAUAUUCUCGGAUUUUGAGGAUGAACUGUUGGAUGGCAAAGAUGGCGCAAACAAUACGAAUUCGAAGAACGGAGGUGCUCCUGCAUCAAUCAGCACCUUACCUGCGAAAGAUACUAACAACUGUGACCGCGACAACUCGGUUGAAUAUCGUGCUGAUGCCGAUGAUGCUGACAAUGACAAUGACGAGCUUGGAGACUACGAUUCAGCGGAAGAGCUCGAUGAAUCAAUUAUGAAGAUAAUGACACAAACUAGAGCCAAGAAUGAACCCACUGCAGCCGUAAAGUUGCCCAGUUUUGAUGAAAUAGCCUCGAUUGAAGAUUUCUCAUUCACACCUACGCCCAGUCAGUCCAAUGGACAUCCCCCAUUGAAAAACAUGCAAGUGGGAGCUUGUGAAUUUGAGGUGAUACUACCAGAUCAAUUGAAAAAGGAAAAUUACAAAAAGGUUUUCCAAGAUUCUGGAAUGAUGGAGAUAAAUUAUGAUGAUCCAUUCUACAAUACCGUCGAUGAUGUUCCUACAAAGCCCUUUAUUUUUGCCAAUCAAAAAAUGAACGUUGCUGUAAAAAACUCUUUAACUAUUCCAAGUUUAGAUGUUGUGAAUGUGGAUAGAACUGGGGGUAAAGGGGACCUUGUUGGUAACAAGGUACGUACAUGGGAGUAUGUUUCCCAACCUCCUAGCAAAGAGAGUGUUAUUGAUUGGCUCAAAAGUGAAGAGAACAAAUUGAUGAAGAAACGCCUCAAAUACAGGUCUCAAAUUGAACCGGGUGUAACCCAAUCCCAUGACUUUAAAUUCAGUUACAACUCCGAAAAGGUUUCACGUAAACCGGAUGAGUUUAAUUACUUGAGCAGUUUCCAUUUAGAGAUCCAUGCGAGUCCACCAAAUUCAAAGUUGGCAGUUGACCCUCUACGAGAUCCUGUAUUGUUCAUUUUCUAUUCAUUUGAUGAUGCGAAUGAAAUGUUUGUCACUUCCAAGUGCAAAACCGGUGUUCUCGUUCUCAACAAUAACAACUACAACGUUGAACUUUUCACGAGGAUGAGCAAGUCUUUGGGUUUAUUCAUUGAAUUAUUUGAUGAGGAAACGAAGAUGGUGGAAAAAUUGAUCGAGUUUGUGGGCAUAUACGAUCCGGAUAUUUUGUCCGGCUAUGAGGUCAAUUCAAUGUCUUGGGGAUACGUUGUUGAGAGGUUUCGUGAGGUUUAUCAAUUGAACAUUAUGAGUAAAUUGAGCAGAGGAACCCAUCGAAGUAAUGGUAAGCUAGGUGAUCGAUGGGGUUAUACUCAUACUGCCAACAUUGAAAUCAAUGGAAGGCAUAUCUUGAACGUGUGGAGAAUUUUGAAAUCUGAGAUGGCACUCACUAGUUACACUUUGGAAAAUGUGUGUUACCACUUACUUCAUAGACCCUUACCAAGAUACCUGCUUCACCAAAUAUCGCAAUGGUUGCAGAGUGGGAGAUUCAAAGACAUUCAAGUGGCACUUUCCUACUACAUGAAACGAAUAGAGUUGACAUUGAAAAUCAUAUCGGUUCAAGAGUUGAUUACUAGAAAUGUUGAACAUUCGAGGUUGAUUGGAAUAGAAUUCAACUCCAAUUUUUAUCGUGGAUCACAAUACAAAGUAGAGUCAAUAUUGUCGAGAAUAUCCAAACUGGAGAGCAUCUUGCUAAACUCACCUUCCAAAGUACAAGUACACGAAAUGAGGCCAAUUGAAUGUAUCCCAUUGAUUUUGGAGCCAAAGUCGAAUUUUUAUAAAUCGCCGUUGGUGGUUUUGGAUUUUCAAUCCUUGUAUCCAUCAAUUAUGAUUGCUUACAACUACUGCUACUCAACAUUGAUUGGUAAGCUUCACAACUUUAAGCCAAAGAAGAACAAUAUUGGCUAUUUGAAGAAUCUCAACUUGCCACCAGGUAUAGUAGACUUACUUAUGGAAGAUGAUGCUGUCAACAUCUCCCCCAAUGGGUUUGCAUUUGUCAAGAGUCAUGUACGAAAAUCGAUUUUGGCGAAAAUGUUGGAAGAGAUUUUAAACAUACGUUUAAAAACGAAGUCUGUGAUGAAAUUGUUUAAAGAUGAUACAGAGCUAACGAAACUUUAUAAUGCUAGACAAAUUGCUUUGAAAUUGAUUGCCAAUGUGACAUAUGGAUACACCUCGGCAACAUUCAGUGGUCGAAUGCCAAACUCCGACAUUGCCGAUGCAAUCGUUUCAACUGGAAGAGAAGUUCUUGAUAAAUCAAUUGAAAUGAUCGAAGCAGGUGGUUAUGGCGCUAAAGUUGUUUAUGGUGACACUGAUUCGUUAUUUGUGUAUUUCCCUGGAAAAUCAAAAGCUGAAGCAUUCAAACUGGGACGCGAAAUUGCCAAGGUUGUUACCAAGUUCUUUCCCGAUCCAAUUCAACUCAAGUUUGAAAAGGUGCAUCAUCCAUGUGUCUUGCUUGCAAAGAAACGAUAUGUUGGAUAUUCUUUUGAGUAUGAGGAUCAAGUGGUUCCCAAAUUUGACGCUAAAGGAAUUGAAACCGUGCGUAGAGAUGGUAUACCGGCUCAGCAGAAGAUAACGGAAAAGGCAUUGAGAAUUUUGUUCGAGACAAAGGACUUGUCCAAAGUGAAGCAAUACACGUUGAAGCAGUUUUUGAAAAUAUUCAAUAACAAAAUCGCCAUUAACGAUUUCUGCUUUGCUAAAGAGGUGAAAUAUGGGAAUUACAAGGACGAAAGGUACUUGCCCCCUGGUGCUUUGCUUGCAAGUAAAGCAGUUGAAGACGAUCCUAGAAAAGAGCCACAAUACAAGGAAAGAAUUCCCUAUGUUGUUACUCGUGAUUCCACAAAGAUUAGAAUCAAAGAUCGAGUCAUGUUUCCGGAGGAUUUUAUAAAGACAUUUAGCACUGUUGAGCCUUUGAUGUUGGACUAUGAGUAUUACAUAACAAGGGUAUUGAUUCCUCCAUUGGAGAGAAUUUUCAAUUUGAUGGGAGCUGACGUGAGAGGAUGGUAUAGAGAAUUGCCCAAGUUUACAAGAUCUAACAUAAUCAGUGCGUUCAGUGAUUCUUGUUUAAUUUGUGGUAGCAGAUUGGAUGGAAGGGAGUAUGUUUGUCUGAAAUGUUCUCUAGAUGAGCAACAACUAGUGGCAAAUGUUGCCAUGACUUGCAAGAAGAUGCAACAGAAAAUUAUUGAAAUUGAAAAUACGUGUCGUAAUUGCCUGCAAAAUGUGUUUGAGUCUGGUGUUUCUGUAUCGCAAUACACUUACAAUUGUAUUAAUCGUGAUUGUUCUGUAUAUUAUAACAAGGUCAAAGUUGGACAAGAAGCUAAGCAACUAUUCAUUAGAAACGACAAAAUAAUGCAAACUUUGGAGUGGUGA